AGCACCAGUGCACGCGGCCUGGCGGAGCAGAGCGCAGCCGCAGCGGGUCGCCCAGCGGACGUGCGAGAGUGCGGGGCCCCGGGGGCUGGAAGCUAGCUCGGACGCCAGGAGCUUCGCUCCUGAAGGCGGAGGUCUGAGACUUGCAGCUGCUUCUCUGGGUCCUGCGCUGCCCUCAAGAUUGUUGGGGUUGCUGAGCAGAGCGACCGACCGCAGCUGAACGCCUGCACCUUGCCCUCUGAAUCCUUCCCUGCCCAGGAUUAACAGCAGACACUCCCUUUGGUGGUAGUCAGAGCGGAAGAAUUCAUCAUCUUAGAACAUGGCAGGCAAGAAAGUGCUCAUUGUCUAUGCCCACCAAGAACCCAAGUCUUUAAAUGGCUCCUUGAAGAAAGUGGCAGUAGAGGAACUCAGCAAGCAGGGCUGCACGGUCACCGUCUCCGAUCUGUACGCCAUGGACUUCGAGCCGCGGGCCACCAGGAAGGAUGUCAUCGGUGCCCUCUCUAAUCCCGAGUUUUUCAACUAUGGGGUAGAAGCAUAUGAAGCCUUUAAGAGGAGGUGUCUGGCCAGUGACAUAACUGAUGAACAGAAAAAGGUUCAGGAAGCUGAUCUAGUGAUAUUUCAGUUCCCGCUGUACUGGUUCGGCAUGCCGGCUAUCCUGAAGGGCUGGAUGGACAGGGUCCUGUGCCAGGGCUUUGCCUUUGACAUCCCAGGAUUUUACGACGCCGGUUUUCUCAAGAAUAAAUUGGCCCUUCUCUCAUUGAACGGGGGCACAGCUGAGAUGUACACGAAAACCGGAGUCAGUGGAGAUUUCCGAUACUUCCUGUGGCCCCUCCAGCACGGGGCGUUGCACUUCUGUGGAUUUAAAGUCCUCGCCCCGCAGAUCAGUUUUGCUCCCGAGAUUGCCUCAGAAGAAGAGAGGAAGGCCAUGGUGGCGUCCUGGGCCCAGCGGCUGAAAACCAUCUGGGAGGAAGAGCCCAUCGACUGCACGCCUCCUUGGUACUUCGGGCAGUGACACUUCACGCCACAUCCACGUCUGCCCGCGCGUGAGAGAGAAGAUGCUCCCAUAAUAAAAUGACGUUCUGACAGAGUGA